ACUCUUAUUGGUUGAUACUCGUGUCAAUCAUCUCUUCAGCAUUGUGAUUGGUCAGUACUUGUGCUUGCGUUGUAGAUCCAGUGUUGCAUCUGAAGUGGCUGUUUCAGCGAUAAACUGAUAUAAAAUAGACACAUAUUGUGCGACAUCAUGACGACACUUGAUGAUAAGAUCCUUGGGGAGAAGCUGCAGUAUUACUACAGCAGCAGUGAGGAUGAAGAGAGCGAUCAUGAGGAAGAGGAGAACGCAUCCAAAAGCAUCCGAGACCAGGAGGUGCUGGAUGUGGAACUGGACUACAGCGCAGAUGGCAGUUCGGUCAACACUGGGCCGAAGGGAGUGAUCAAUGACUGGCGUAAAUACAAACAGCUGGAGAACGAGCAGCGCGUGGAGCAGCAGAAAGAGAUGGAGCGACUUAUCAAGAAACUCAGCAUGACCUGCAAGUCACAUCUAGAGGAAGAAGCCGACAGACAGAAACAGAAGGAGCUGCAGGAUAAGAUCGCAGGGAAAAUGAACCUCCGUGUGGAUGAUGAAGAAGAGGAGGAGGAUGAUGAUGAUGAUGAAGCCUUCCUCCAGCAGUAUCGGCUGCAGCGCAUGGAGGAGAUGCGGCGGCAGGUGUGUGGAGGGCGGCGCUUCGAAAAGUUGAUUGACAUCUCAUCGGGGGAGGAGUUCCUGCGUGCCGUAGACGAGGAGGGCAAGAACACUCUGGUGCUGGUCCACAUCUACGAGCCAGAGGUGCCUGCCUGCCAGGCCAUGGAUGGAAGUCUGCUCUGCCUCGCACUGCAGUACCCAAUGGUGAAGUUCUGUCGAGUCCAGGGCUCUGCGGUCGGCACCAGCGCUCUUUUCCGCAGUUCAGCUUUGCCGGCCCUGCUGCUGUACCGUGGCGGUGAUCUGGUGGGGAAUCUGGUGCGUGUGUCCGAUCAGCUCGGAGAUGAUUUUUACGCCACAGACGUCGAAGCCCUGCUGCAGGAAUAUGGGCUUCUUCCCGAGAAAUACACACAGUCAAACAAACACUCAUCUAUUCGCAAUGCCGCUGUCACUCACCCUAACGAUUCUGACAGCGACCUGGAUAUAGACUGAAUGUGUGAUGUCUGUAUACAUACAUGCACACCAAAAUAUACACUCUUGUAUACUUCCACAUAGUGAUUCAGACCCAAUACAGUGACCAAAAGCAAACAAUGGCUGCAGCUAAGUAAAAUGUGAGA